GACACCGGUGAUCUGAAACUCAAAACAAACCCAGAAGUACCCUCAAGGUGCUCACUGCCCAUGAGGUUUUGUUGUGCUUCAGAAUGGAUCUUCCGUGCGUCCAGUGGCAGGAUCACGUCGCACAGAAAUGGACCAGGCUCGAUCCCGAGUUAAAGGAUCGUUUUAUAUCCCUGCAGCAAAUAGAUGAUGUUUUUAAAUGCGCCCUAACUCUGACAACCCAAGAUGAUCUGGACUUUGUGCAGUGCAUGUCUGCAGGAUACUCUUUACAGAAGGACCCAGAGCAAGCAACCAAAAGCAGGGAGAGGGGUAAUGCUAGCUUCAAGACCAGAGACUACACCGCAGCUGCUCUGCACUACUCACAGGGCAUAUGUUUUGCUCCCCAAACUUCGGAGCAGCUGUCUAUGUGCUAUGCCAACCGCUCUGCUGCGCUCUACCAUCUGCAGCACUACCAGGAAUCUCUUGCUGACAUUGAUAAAGCCCUGGAGAACAGCUACCCCUCCCAUCUUGUACACAAACUAGAGAGCCGCCGCACACAGUGCCUCAAACACCUCUCUGUGGGUCAAAAGGCAAAACUGGAUCAUCACAGUCCUGCCUCAAAGAACCAUCAAAGUCCAGACGCAACAAAUGGACCAUCUGUUGGACCCCUCACAUUUGGGAUUUGUCCUCAAGUCGCUGUCGGCUUCAGCCUGGAGAAAGGUCGACACCUGGUGGCUGCAGAGAGAAUAGCAGCUGGAGAGGUGAUCCUUAAUGACAGGCCGUACAGUUAUGUCCUCAUACCAGGGAGGAAGGAGGUGAAAGUGAAGGGAGGAAGGCAGGAAACGGAGAAGGGAGUGCUGUUUGGAACAGAGCAAAGGCGCUGUCACAGGUGUUUGACUGAAACACUGUGUCCUGUGCCGUGUGAGGGGUGUAGUUACAGCCAAUACUGUUCAACUGGCUGUCAGCGAGAUGCCUGGGAGGAACAUCACUGCUGGGAGUGUCCACUCGGAGCAGAUCUGAUGGCGAUGGGUGUGAUGUCACAACUCGCUCUGAGGGUCACACUAAAGGCCGGGUUAAAAAACAUCCGAAUGGCCAAUGAGGCUAAGGAGGAGAACAUAAAGUCCGAGUUAAGCUGUUUAAACAGUGACUGCAGUGAGUCCAGUAAUUCCAAUCAGCAUCAUACAUAUCAACCCAAUCCUACAUUAUACCGUGGUGACUCUUACCUGAGCGUGUUUCACUUGCUGCACCACCUCAAUCGCCAUAGCCCUGGUAUGCGUUUCCUGUGUGCCGUUACCGCCGCAACCCUGUACCUGAGGCUCAGCAAGGCUGGACCUCCUCCUGCAUCUUGGAACCCCAGUGGAUAUUCAAGGGCAACUGGCCAAUCACCUGAUGGAGCAGAAGAGGAGGGCGGUAGCAGUGAUUGGAGCCCGGAGCUGUGGUUGCUGGGAAGUGCAGUUCUGAGGCACAUCCUGCAGCUGAGGUGUAACGCCCAGGCUAUCCUCAUGCUGCAAGAUACAGGAGUAGCAAACUCGCCAGUGCAGUCCAGCCAGGAAAUACGCAUUGCUACAGCAAUAUUCCCAACUCUUAGUCUUCUGAAUCACUCCUGCUGUCCCAACACCAGCCUGGUGUUCAGCACUGGAGCUAGUGCUGAUCCCUCUGGUUCAGAUCUGCCUGCAGACUUCUGUGGAAAUGUAGCUGAGUACAGUGGCUCGGCCCGUGGGGUCACUGUAACUGUCAGAGCAGCCAAAGCUAUCGCUGCUGAACAAGAGAUCCUGCACUGCUAUGGUCCUCACAGCAGUAGGAUGGCGACCCAACAACGCAAGCGUCUCCUGCAGGAACAGUACUACUUCCUGUGUCAGUGUGAGGCCUGUACCCAGCAGCAGGAGGAGGAGGAGGAGGAAGAGGAGGGCGGGUCAGAGGACAGACAGCAGCGGUCAGGUGUUAGUCAACACAAGUCUGGACUCCUGUGUGUCAAGUGCAAAGCAUCUCUCAAAAAAUGCAGUAAGGACAGAGGAACAGGAUUUAUAUGUCAACAGUCAUGUUGUGGUCAUCAUAUUACUUCCUCUGAAGUGAGCCACAGACUGCAGGAGAUCAGGCUGGACCUUGAGGAGGCUGUGGACCUCAUGGAGAGAGAGAGACCAGAUGAAGCUCUGAGAUUGUUGAAAAGUACUCAGCGUCAGUCUGGACUGAUCCUUGCAGAGACACACCCACUACAAGGGGAGCUGGCAGAUGCUAUGGCCAGAGCGUACGCUACAAUGGGUGACUGGAAUAAUGCAGCUAUUCAUCUGAAGCAUAGUGCUGUAGCUACUGGCUCUCAGUAUGGAGAAGACAGUAUUGAAAUGGGUCGACAGCUCUUCAAAUUAGCGCAGCUACACUUCAACGGUGGUGCCAGAGGCCCGGCCCUCUCUGUCAUCCCCAAGGUCAGACGUCUCCUCUGCCUUCACUGUGGCCCUCACUGUCAUGAAUUACAGGAGCUGCAAGUCAUGGAGGACUGUCUACGACAGUAGUCCUACACAUAUACCAGAAUGUAAUUCUUUAACAUAUGUAUAUAGUUUUGUACUCAGUGAAACUGAAUAAAAUCGAUAAAAUGUU